AGGCUCUCCUUCAGCUCUGUAGGCAGCAAUGUCCUUCUCGUACUUCUCCUUCAGCGUGGCGGCCUUCUUCUGGCUAGACUGGAGUGAUUCUUUGGUUGAAUUUCCAAGAUGGAGAGAAGCAGCUCUCCUCAAACUUAUGAAUUUAUUCCCAAAGAAGGCAAAUUGGGAGAGAGAAGUUUGCCAAGGACAAAGUCUACAUUUGUGUCAUCCUGGUGGGAGCCUAGAGACAGGCUUAAUUCUCCCAGCCAUGAUGUGAGACAGCAUGUAGACUGUGUGGCCAACAAAGGACGCUUGACUAUGCCCUUUCCUCUGGAGUUUUUGUUGUGAGUACCUGCUCAGCCACAUCUCAUCUAUGUUACUGACUCUGCGGCCUCCUAGAAGUCAAGCUGGGACAGGCCAAGGUGUCAGGCAUACAGUAAAAAACAACAAAAAACAAAACCCCAAAAACCGCACCUCAUCAGACUGGACACUCCAGGGCUCCGGUUUCUCAGGGGCCCAAGGCUGCUGCUUUGAAAUGCUCAGUUUCCCUGCUUUGGAAAGGGAUAUAUAUGCCUUGUGCUGGCACCCCUGAAAAAGGAGUUUUAACAUUUCCCUGAAGUUACCCUCUUCCCGGUAGUGUGUGUUACCUAACGCUUUCAUUUCAGGAGUUGGUGGUGUUCAGGGAUGUGGCUGUUGAGUUCGGUAAGGAGGAAUGGGAGUGCCUGGGCCCUGAGCAGAGGUCGCUAUACAGAGACGUGAUGCUGGAGAACUACAGCCACUUUGUGUCCCUGGGACUUGCCAUUUCUAAGCCAUCAGUAAUUUCACUACUGGAGCAAGGCAAAGAACCCUGGAGAGUGGAGCAAGCCGGGUGGUAUCCAGAUUUGCUGUCUGUAAAUGAAGCUAAGAAUUUGUCUCUGAAGCAUGGCAUCUUUGGGAAGGAAUCAUUAAAAUGGAAAGUAACAGAAAGAGUUGGGAGUUCCUGCCUCGAGGAAUCUCGUUUUGGAGAUGAUUGGAAAUGCAGGGGGCUCCUUGAAACAAAACUGGAAUCUCCAGAUGAAUAUUUACAAGGAGUGGCAGCCCCGUUGGAAAAAACGUCGACCGAAUUCAUUCAGCCUGCACCCAUCGCUCUGAGUGAAAUGACUCGCUCUGAAAGGAAGCAGUCUGAGCAGGAAGCAGGUGAAACCAUUACUCAGCAAGUACGAAUUCCCACCAGCGACAAACUUAAUGAAAUGUACGAGAGCGCCUUUAUCUAUUACACAGAUGAGAUGAAGCGUCAGCAGGCUUUUGCUGGGGACAGAUGUGAUGAACUAAAGGGAUGUAGCAGAGGAUUUGCCUAUGACUUCCAGCUCGCCCCGUAUCAGAUCAAUAAGAAGCCCUACCAGUGUGAAAUCUGUGGUAAGAUCUUUGAGAAGCAUGCUUACCUUGUUCAGCACAACCGCUUUCACACGGGGGAGAAGCCGUGCGAAUGUAAGGAGUGUGGGAAAGCCUUUACCAACUGCUCCCUGCUGGUCCAGCACCAGAGAGUGCACACGGACGAGAAGCCCUAUGAGUGCAAGCAUUGUGGGAAGGCCUUCCUCUACUUCUCCACGUUUUUUCAGCAUCAGAGAACCCACACCAACGAGAAGCCGUACGAGUGCCACAAAUGUCAGAAGGCCUUUAACAAGAGCGCCAACCUCACCAGACAUCAAAGGAUCCACAGCGGCGAGAAACCCUACGAGUGUAACUUGUGCGGAAAGACCUUCACUUGGGCUUCCAACCUGAAUGACCACCAAAAGAUUCACACCGGUGAAAAGCCUUAUGAGUGUAACUACUGCGAAAAGGCCUUUCUCUGUCACUCGGCCUUCAUGAAGCACUACAGAACUCACACGAACGAGAAGCCCUAUGAGUGCCAGGAGUGUAUGAAGGCCUUCAGGCAGAAAGCCCAUCUCAUCCAACACCAGAGGGUUCACACUGGCGAGAAACCGUACGAAUGUAAGGAGUGUGGGAAGGCCUUCGCGUGUCCGUCGUACUUUAACAGACAUCAGAGAAUUCACACCGGAGAGAGGCCUUAUGAAUGUAAAGAGUGUGGGAAGGCUUUUAUUGAUUGUAAAACCCUUAUUCUGCACCAGAGGAUCCACACUGGCGAGAAGCCCUUCCAGUGCCAGCAGUGCAGCAAGGCCUUUAGGCAGAGGUCCCACCUCACGCAGCAUCAGAGAAUCCACACCGGCGAGAAGCCCUACGAGUGCAAGGAGUGCGGACAGGCCUUCACUCGGCUCUUACAGGUGAAGAAGCACCAGAGAGUGCACACAGUGGGGGAGAUCCUGUGUAUUUGAACACUACCCUCUAUUUAUUGAAAAGCCCCGUUGAGCAUCCGCACCAACGUACAGAAGAUAAACAUUGAUAAAUCAGAAAUAUGGGAAAGCCUGUAUGUGUCCCCCAACUAAGCAGACUGCUGGGGAGAGCCUUCUGGAAGCGAGGCGUGUGGAACGCCUCUCAUACCGUGCUUCACACUGUGUAACUUACACUGUGUUCAGAGUGGGAAACCCUCAUCACUCUCCGCCGUUCAUCAUGGAACAAGAGUCUGUCAGAAGCAUCUGAUGACUGGACUCUUUUUUUUCUUUAUAACCUACUUUUUAUUGAGUAUUAACUCACAUAGGAAAAAUAAAAAUUAAAUUAUGAAUAGGAAUCCUAAUUCCUCACCAGUCAGUGGGUUCUAUUUAAGGAUAGCUAUGAAAAGUACCACACAGAGAACAAUGGUAUGCGUGUUGUUAGUGUAGAAGCCUCACGUGCAUCGUUUGCUGACUGUAGUUUACUAAGUUGACCUCAGCCCUGCCUCCGAUUGCUGCCUUGUUACCUGGUAGUUCAGUUAUUUUGAGGAUGGGAAGAGUCAGUAAGCGGGGCCUUUCAUGUAGCCUCCACACAGAAGCCACAAUCAGGAAGGGUUUGGAAUCAUCCUCUUUAUGACGCUCUCUGUUACUAUUUUUGGAACAUUCAUAUCCAUUUUAUUAAUGACAUCUGUCAGUGCUUGUCCCAUGCCAAAGCUUUCAAAAGGAGUCCCGGAGUGACAGCGAUUGAAACAGAACCUGAGCAGAUUUCCACUUUGACGUCAUUUGAAUCAGAAAGUCGACCCUAGCCAGGCCACAUGGACUCACUGCUCAAAGCGCCCUCCACAGCAGAGGCACCGUGACUUCCUACUCAGAACAGUCGGAUCUGCACAGGACAGGAACUGGAACAAACCUGUAAUCUACCACCAUCACCAUGUGACUGUUGGGUCACAUGCAAAUGCAGUCUGAAAAUACAGCUUUGCUUCAGUGUGGAAGAAUGGCGGCUGUACACACUAAAACCAAUGCGGUUCAUUUGAGUAGAUGCUAUCAAAUAUCCCCCACCCCCAAACAAGCAAUAAAUCUUAGCGUUGACAGCAGAAAUACAUGUUAUGUACAAUAAGUGUUAAUGAAUUUAAAGAAGUUCCUAAAAACCAUCAAUAAAGUGGAUUUUAAAGCCUUUUCCAAACCAUAGACUAGAUUCCCCAGGCCUUAAGGACACAUUUGAAAGACACAAACACAGCAGUCAGUGCUCAUGGGAAGUAGAACAUUCUUAGAAAUAUGUUUGUUCAGUUGGCUUUGGUGGGUUUUCAAGACAGGGUCUCUUAAACGUGUGGCAAUCCUCCUGCUUCAACCCAUUGAGUGCUGGGAUUAGAAGCGGGUGCCACCACACUGGCUUGAACUCGGAGAUUUGAGCCUGCUCGGCUGGUUCUGUCCUGAGCUUUAACCCCAGCCUCUUUAUUCUGAGACAGGGUCUUGCUGAAUUGCCUAGGCAGGCCCUGAACUCAUGAUCCCCUUACAUUAGCCUUUCAAAUAGCUGGGACUAUCGAGCUCCGUCACCAGGUACAGCUAGAAAGUUUUACUGCUAUAAAAUAGUGUAUUCAUUAUUAUAUCAGAUAAAUUUGAAGUGUUUGGCGUAAAUUCUGUGGGAAUGUAUGAAUUUUUUUUUGAUUGGCUCAUAAACCUAUAGGAAAUUCGAAUAAAGCCUGGCUCCUCUUCAAGAAAAUAGAAAAAUGUGUUGUUACCAUAUGUGAAGCAUGUGGUAGUGUUUAUUUGAGAUCGGGCCUUAUGUGGCCCAGGUUAGCCUCAGUCUCAUAUCGUUAGCUUCCCAAGUGCCGGUGUAUCAGAUACCAAGGAAAUUUGAAACAGAUUAUCAACAACGCAUUUGCCAAUCCGUCCUUUUUACUGAGAAGAAAGGUCACAAACCACCAGAGUAUAUUGGUUCAUGUAAUCCCAGCCCAGGGAAGGCAGAUGCAGGAAAAUUAGAACUGUUCAAGCCCAAAAUGGGCCACGUGAGACCCUGCCGUAUGCUAGAAUACUCAAGAAGGUGUAUAAAAACCAGCCAGAUUUCAAAAGCAGGCGGCAAGCAAAGGCAGAACAUGGACUCUGCCGGCGGUAGAAUGGUCGGCAUGAAUUGUACCAGUAACUCCAGUAACUAUUUGGGUGGGCUAUUGCCAUAGCUGAAAGCGAGUCUUUCCUUAUUUAAAUGGAUACUAGGUUGGCGAGGGACAUAUCUGGAAUCGUAUCCCUGGCGAGGCGAAGAUAAGAUUGCUGUUGCUUCAGAUUAGCCCGGGGGCCACAGAGCAGCCCCAUCUCAAAAAUGGAGAAAGACAAACAGACAAUGCUAUGGAAAGAUUGAAACUGAGGGAUGGGGCGAAAAACCCAUGCUGUUGAGAGAUUAACCAAAAGAAUCGCCUGAAACCAGGAAAGGGAAUAACAAUUGAAAUGUAAAUAAGAAAUACCCAAUUUAAUAAAGAUGGAGAAAAAAAGAAUCACCUGAGUUCAAGAAGAAAUAACAAAAAAUGGCUUACCAAAAAA